CCGCCGUCACCCGUUUAGUACGCACCUGCUUUGACAUACAUUCUGAUUCAUUGUCCAAAUUGGCAUUACGUUUAACAACGGGCUUCGCUUGAGAAUUGUUUCUCAAAAAACUAGUGUGUAAAAUGUUUUUGUGUGUGGGCGUGUGUACGUGAUUAAGUGUAUGUGUGUGAUUGAACGAGUAUUUUGUGGAGUGUGAUCCCAAAAUCCCAGCUCGUAUCAUUUGUAGUCCACAAUCAAAUUUCAACCAACCAACCAUUCAACCAAACAAUACAGCUGCAGCGCUGCACCCGAUGCAGUUGUUUCUGCCUCCGUGUGCUUCCGUACCCGUAGCGUGCGCUGCAGCUGUAGCUUGGCGAACUCCUCCGGCCAUCAACGUCCAUUCUAACUAGCGGUUCGUGUUUGCGCGUGUGUUUUUGUCUACUGCCGUGCAAAAAGGGAAGUUGCACUUGUGCUUCCAUACUAUUACGGGUGUAGUUUUGCAUCGGUGCGUGGGCCAUCAGGGCGAGCAAAAGUGCACCAGUACGGCGCACUUCCACACGCAACCCUACACGGCGCACCCGUCAGCUGCAGUCGAUGGGCGAAAACCUGGCACCGGCGUGUAUCGCCACGACCGUAGCAACGACAGGAAUAGAACAGGCCGAGGCCGGCUCAUCCGGUGCACCGGCAGUUAGCACCGGGUAUGAUGAGGGUGGUGGAGCGGCUACCAACGCUAGGCAAACGGUGUCGGAGGAAUUUUUCUCCCUGCUUUGGGGCGAAAAGAUAAAGCAUGACGUGUUUCGACGAUGGUUGCAAGGAUUCUCCUUCAGUGAUUUCGAACCAUCCGCUUUGGUGCAGCGCGAUGGUGGACCGUGUUGUGUAAUAGCCCCGGUCCAAGCGUACCUGCUGAAGAUACUGCUCAUGGAAUCGCCGGAGCACGGUUUCAACGAGCUUACGGCAGACAAAUGUAAAACGCUUCUGAUACAGGCCGUCUGCCAGAUACUGAUGAAGUGCAAAACGGACGUGUAUCGCAUCGUAACGCUGGAGGACGAUGGUGAAAACGAAUCGAUAUCGACCACAGCAACCGUUGAUCCGACCGGCGAUGAAGCGGGCUGUUCGGGAUAUGGCCAGCAACAGCACGAAAGCAAGGAAACGGACCGUCCCGGCGUAGAUAUGCACGAUGCCGCACUAAUUCAUCCAUCGGUGAUAGAACGGGCCCAGAGCAGAUGGACGUCGGAAACAUUUCACGAACGGAUUCGGUUUCGCGAACAUAAAAACAUCGACGAUGUGCAGAAGUUUUAUGUGCAAAAUUUUCAUGUGCUAACAGACGAAUGCGGCGUACUGUUGCUGCUGUAUACUGUGCUGCAGACCAAGGGGCUGGAACACAUCCUUUCCGAGAUGUCCGAUCCGAACGAGUCGCUGAUACACGAUACGUACGGCUGUGGUAGUCAGGCGCUGAUCAACCUGAUGCUGACCGGACGUGCCGUACCGCAUGUGUGGGAUAACGAGCAGGAUGUUGGAGGAAUGAAACUGAAAGGCAUUAACCAGCAGUCGGACAUUGGUUUUAUCACUGUAAUGGAACAGCUGCAGUACUGCACCGUCGGUUUCUUUUAUAAAAAUCCAAAGAACCCCGUCUGGGUGAUGGGUUCCGACACUCAUCUGACGGUGUUGUUCAGUCACGAGAAGCGGCUCGUAUCGCCGGAAACGCCCGGCGAGAUAGCACGUCGCGUCUUCCGUCAGUUCGAUCCGGACGGUAGCAACUUCAUCCCGAGCCCGGUGUUGCAGGACGUGCUGUGUGCAUUGGAGCUGGUCAGCGAACCGGAAUACGUGGAGUUGAUGCGGAGUCGACUGGAUCCGGAAAAUCUCGGCAUUAUCUUGCUGAACGCGUUCAUGAAUGAGUUUUUCCCGGACGACAAAAAGUCCACACCGGACACAUUUGAUCUGCUGCACUACAAUGGCAUCCCGAACUCGAACUACAGCAACGUGGUGCAGUACAGCAGGGGCCAGGCGGUACUGCUGGAGAGUGACGUGCGGAUGUGCAAUCCCUCCGAUCCGAUGCUGACCUGUUUGCAGACGAAGUGGCCCAACAUUGAGGUGAACUGGAGCGGCAACCGAACACCGUCGCUUAAUUGAUCCGGCAUGUGCAACGGGUCUACCACCUGCUAGCCAAUCCCUACCCGUUCUCAGAUAAUCCUUCUUCUCCUUUAUCCGUUUCGAUCCGUUUCUUUCAUCUCUAUCUUUUUAAUUUGCUCUCUCUCUCACACACACCACUCACCAACACUAAAUUGAAUUCAUCAGAUUCAGCCCGAUUUUUCAUGAGAUCUAAAGGCGCAUUGUAAUGGAGGCAUUUUCUUUUGGUAAUGUUUAAUUAAAAUCUGCUUGUUGGUGGCAGCUCAUGUGAUUGGAAUCUGUAUACGCUUCCAAGUGUGCCAAGCCAUUGGGCGGGGGAAAAAGAUUCGUCUGUAUGUGUUGCUUUUCGUUUUGUCACUGUGUGUAUCCCCCCGAUUUCAUCCAUGUUUCGCAUUCAAUGUUUGUAUGGAAUGAAUAAAUUCCGCUUAAGGUUUAUCGCUUUUCUUUUAAUGCCUGUAAACGCGCCAUACUAAUCUGUAGAAGAAUUUGUUCCAUACUAUCCUGUCCCCCCAUACACUAUCCUGUCAUUCCUGUCAACCUUUCACAUCUACUUACCUGUGGCCUUGCGCUUUUCGUACAAGCGUUUCGCGAAAAAAAAAACACCUCAGUUUUGAGGGGGAAAACAAAACAUAAACAUAAAUGCAAGCACAAGUUAAAAAAAACCGACGAAAAUGGCUAUUGUGCAAUAUACAAUCGCGUGUCAGUAUUGGGAAAAAUUGGUUCCCAACUAAUCGAUACAUUGCUGGUGCAUCUUUGCGAAAAGUCAUUAUGUCGUAAUGGUUUAUCCAUGUGGAUAUGUAUUUUUUUUUCGUUCUUUCUGUUCCCUUUUGUGCAUCCAUUCAGUACAUACUCACCGGUAAGGUUAACCAGAGCUGUAGCAUUUUACCUAGACCACAAUCCAUAAGGCGAAAGUUGUAUAAAAACGAACCUUCCCCACGCCCUCCUUUCUUCCCAAUGUAGUCAAAAUGUCAGCAACACGCGACUGUGGAGACGGUUAAAAAAACAAAUGAACAGCCUUUGGAGCAAACCGAUAAUGCGACUCCUCUAAAACCCAAGUUCUAAAGUCUGUUGAAGAAUACAUUAUGAUAAAUAUGAUAUGGAAAAUUGGACUGGUUUUUAUUGCUUUAUUAGUUCGUUUUAAACGCUAGCGAGAUACGGUCUCAUAACAUGGAUGUGCCCGAGGACACAUGUUACUUUUUUUCUUCUUUCUUUGCAACAAUCGUCAUAGAAUAAAAAUCCUUUAUUGAAUCGAAA